AAGGCGGAAGUGUUGACUCAGACUCUGAAGCUCUGAAUAACCAGGUCGUGGCUCCUCGCUCCCAGAGACUUCCUGUGCUUCUCAUCUUUGUUUCUCACGGUCUUCUUCUUCCUCCGGACACCGGAAGCUGCUGCUGUGUCACCGCGGACUGAACAUGUUCUCCCCCAGGUUCCUGCUGCUCCGCUCGGCCGCCUCCUUGACGACCAGGUCUCUCUGCACCGGGGGGGUGUCGCCGGGGGGCCGAGCGCCGGACAUGGCUGAGGGAAAUCCACUUUUACACGUGUCCAACGUGCGAAACAGGCUGAGGGAAAUCGUAGGAGCUUCCACCAACUGGAGUGACCACCAGCACGCCAUGACAGAGCGAGUGUCGCUGUCGUCCAUGUUGGCGAAGUCUCAGCAGGACCUUCCAGCAAAGACCAUGAAGGACAGCUACCUGGAGGUGCACCUGCCUCUGGGCUCCGAGCCACAGCUCCGAGAGAAAUACCUGACCUUCCACAACACUGUCAGGUUUGGUAGAAUCCUGGAGGACUUGGACAGUUUAGCAGUCCUCAUAUCUUACUCCCACACCCACAACCCGGCGCUGAAGAGGACUCCUCUGUCUAUCGUCACAGCUCUGGUGGACAAAAUAGACAUGAGGCAGCACGUCAUCUAUCCUGACUGCGACAUCAAGUUCACUGGUCAUGUGACCUGGGUGGGAAAGACGUCUAUUGAAGCCAAGAUGCACAUGUCACAGUAUCGUGAUGGAGCUUAUUCCCCAGUUCUGGACGCCACGUUCGUCAUGGUGGCUCGGGACCCAGAGAACAAGAGGGCAGCGUUUGUAAAUCCACUGAAGCCUGCGGGAUCAGACGAGGACAUGAUUUUCCAGGAAGGAGAAGCUAAUAAAACACGCCGAGUGGAGCUGAGCACAGCAUCGCUGCUGAAGGUUGCACCCACGGACGAGGAGAGGAAGAUCGUGCACAGUCUGUUCCUCAACACCCUGGACACGAAGACGGUCAGCUUCAGCUCCAGAGUUCUGCCUCCGAACUCGGUGUGGAUGGAAGACGCCAAACUGAAAGGACUGGAGAUCUGCCACCCUCAGGAGAGGAACAUCUUCAACAGGAUAUUCGGAGGUUUUCUGAUGAGAAAGGCGUACGAGCUGGGUUGGGCCAACGCCAGCUCCUACGGAGGAUGUCGACCCCGCCUGGUGGCUGUUGAUGAUAUCCUGUUCCAGAAACCUGUGGAUAUCGGCUCUUUGCUGCUGCUAAAUUCACAGGUGUGUUACACACAGGGGAAGUACAUCCAGGUCAGAGUUCACAGCGAGGUGUUCGACCCGCUCACCCGCCAACACAACACCACCAACGUCUUCCACUUCACCUUUGUUUCCGACCGUGACGUCCCCAGCAUCAUCCCCAAGACAUAUGGAGAGUCCAUGUUGUACCUGGACGGAAAGAGACACUUUAACCAAACAGUGGAGGCCUGAGGGAUCACGCUCAGAACUUCCUGCCAAAGCCUUUCAGCGUCUGACAAGCGAGUGUGUGCGAGAGUGUGUGUAAGAGUGUGUAUGUGUGUGUAUGCAGAUAAUUCCAUGUACUUCCCUCAUACUGUAUAUCACGACUAGCUCAUUUAUUUUCCACAACCCAGAUGGUCGCUGUUUCUGAUUCCUGUUACAUUCUUUGUUCUGGUGGUUUUACAGUUCUGGUUGUUUGGAGCACAGACGCAUUUUCAAUGAUUUUUUUUUUUAAUUGUUUCUGUCACACUUGUAAGCAGCGUCAGAAAAACACAAGUGUUGUGUUUCACGACCAGUCGGAGUUUACAGCGUCUCAGCAGGACUGGAGAACUGACCUUGUUGUAACCUCAUAUAUUCACUAUGUGCAUGGAUUUAUAUCACAAUAUGUUAUAUUUUAUAUUCCUCUGUUGCUGACUGUAUAACACUCAUUUACUUUGCUUUUUUUUUAUAUGGAACAAGGCGCUUGAUCAUGAUUGUGUCAGAUUGCUGCCAGAGGAACGUUGGCAUCAUAUAUUCUUUGCCUUACAAAUACAAUAAAUACAUUUUUAUUUAUCUUGA